AUGUUCCCCUCCCGGGCUCCGCCGCCGCCGAGCAUUUACCUGCAUCCCCCUCCCCAGCUCCAGCGCCACCAAGCGUCUAUGCCAUGUUCCCCUCCCCGGCUCCAACACCGCCGAGCAUUUACCUGCGUCCCCCUGCCCAGCUCCAACGCCACCAAGCGUCUAUGCCAUGUUCCCCUCCCCGGCUCCGACGCCGCCAAGCAUUUACCUGCAUCCCCCUGCCCAGCUCUGACGCCGCCGAGCAUCUACGCCAUGUUCCCCUCCCGGGCUCCGCCGCCGCCGAGCAUUUACCUGCAUCCCCCUCCCCAGCUCCAACGCCACCAAGCGUCUAUGCCAUGUUCCCCUCCCCGGCUCCGACGCCGCCGAGCGUUUACCUGCGUCCCCCUCCCCAGCUCCAGCGCCACCAAGCGUCUAUGCCAUGUUCCCCUCCCCGGCUCCAACACCGCCGAGCGUUUACCUGCGUCCCCCUCCCCAGCUCCAACGCCACCAAGCGUCUAUGCCAUGUUCCCCUCCCCGGCUCCAACGCCGCCGAGCGUUUACCUGCGUCCCCCUGCCCAGCUCCAACGCCACCAAGCGUCUAUGCCAUGUUCCCCUCCCCGGCUCCAACGCCGCCGAGCGUUUACCUGCGUCCCCCUCCCCAGCUCCAACGCCACCAAGCGUCUAUGCCAUGUUCCCCUCCCCGGCUCCAACGCCGCCGAGCGUUUACCUGCGUCCCCCUGCCCAGCUCCGACGCCCGCCGAGCGUUUACCUGCAUCCCCCUCCCCAGCUCUGACGCCACCGAGCAUCUACGCCAUGUUCCCCUCCCCAGCUCCAACGCCGCCGAGCAUUUACCUGCGUCCCCCUGCCCAGCUCCAACGCCGCCGAGCGUCUAUGCCAUGUUCCCCUCCCCAGCUCCGACGCCACCGAGCAUCUACGCCAUGUUCCCCUCCCCGGCUCCGAUGCUGCGGAGCGUUUACCUGCAUCCCCCUCCCCAGCUCCGACGCCGCCAAGCGUCUACACCAUGUUCCCCUCCCCGGCUCCAACGCCGCCGAGCGUUUACCUGCGUCCCCCUCCCCAGCUCCGACGCCACGGAGCGUUUACCCCAUGUUCCCUGACCCGGCUCCGACACCAUGGAGCAUUUACCCCACAUUCCCUGACCCGGCUCCGACACCAUGGAGCGUUUACCCCACGUUCCCUGACCUGGCUCCGACUCCGCGGAGCAUUUACCCCACCUUCCCUGACCUGGCUCCGAUGCCGCGGAGCGUUUACCCCACGUGCCCCUCCCCUGCUCCGACACUGUGGAGCAUUUACUCCAUGUUCCCUGACCUGGCUCCGACUCCGCGGAGCAUUUACCCCACGUUCUCUGACCUGGCUCCGAUGCCGCGGAGCGUUUACCCCACGUGCCCCUCCCCUGCUCUGACGCUGUGGAGCGUUUACCCCACUUUCCCUGACCCAGCUCUGAUGCCGUGGAGCGUUUACCCCGCGUGCCCUGAACUGGCUCCGAUGCCACGGAGCGUUUACCCCACGUCCCCCUCCCCGGCUCUGACACCAUGGAGCGUUUACCCCAUGUGCCCUGAUCCGGCUCUAACGCCGCAGAGCGUUUACCCGGUGUGCCCUGACCCGGCUCUGACACCACGGAGUGUUUACCCCACUCUCCCGGACCUGGCUCCGAUGCCCCUCACCCCUCCUGACUGGUAG